CGAAGUCUCCUCUUCUUUCUCUAACAACAGAGAGCGAUUCCUUACUUUUUCAAUUCUUUUUUUUCGAUGUUACACACACGAGCGCAGAUUUGUAUACACCAAUCUUUUUAUAUGUAUAUGUUUAGCUAUAUGCAGAAGCAAUCCCUCGUAUCAAUCUCAGGUGUUUUCGAUUCGGAUUUAGGUUUGAUCGGUUGAAAAAUUCCCGACGAUCCCCACCUGAAUUCGUCAUGGUGGAUCAUUACCAAGUUCUAGGCGUGAAGAGAAACGCGACGAAGCAAGAGGUCAAAGAUGCGUUUCGGAGAUUAGCGGUGAAGUACCAUCCGGACAAGCACGCCCAGUCUCCGGAUCACGUCCGGCAAAACGCCACCGUGCGGUUUAAGCUUGUCUCGGAGGCGUACGAGGUUUUGAACGACGACCGGAAACGCGCUUCCUAUAACGCUGCCAGCGAAUCGGAUUUCUUUCGCCGUACCGGAGGUUCUUAUAGCAAUCCAUACGGGAAUCGUGGUGGCGGAUCGUAUGGUUACGGUUACUCUGCGGCGAGGAAUCGUCAGGCCUCAAGUUUCAGCCGCGGAUUUGAGUCGACUUUUCGUUACUUGACUACGCGUGCGUUUCUCCUGAAUCUAGCAUUAGCUGGUGGUAUGUACUUUGCGUUUGCUGCAAUUGAUACAAGUGGAGAAACACUUUGGAAAAUGCGUAACUCAGGGACACUGACAAAGGCUUUGCAUAUAUUCAGAAAUCAUUCGAGGAAGCGAUGGAAUCAAUCGAGAAAACAAAGUCACAUAAGGAUGAAGGAUGAAAGAAAGGAUUCAAAGGUACUAUUAAGACUUUGACUUUGACUCUGGUGGGUCUGUGGGUCUACUGAUUUGCGUUGCGAUUCAAUCUGAAAUUGUACCUUGGGCAUUGCUCGCGACUUUUCUCAGGUUUCACUGUCUUUAAAAAGUGGGAGAUACCAAAUAUCUUUAGUGCAGAGUAAAAUAUGUUAUAAAUAGCAAAUAUUUGUUCGUGUGUAUUUUAGAAUUUAACAUUGAGAAGUUGAUAACCCUUCUUUUUAUCGCUUUUGAGUUUUUACCAAAACAAACUAAUUGAACACUUUUCUUUCUUUAUUUUUUACGCUUGUGUGUUAAUUGGUGGGAAAGCAAUUGAAAGUG